AUGUAUAAGCUCACGACAAGAGGAUUGCGCAGCUUCUAUCAUGUUAUGCAAAUACCUCAUCACGUUCCCAAUUCAGAAAUCUGGACACUAGAUGGAGCAGGCAGUUGCAAGGAAGAAAUAAUACGUUGUGGUGCGGCCGCUCCCGAGAAGACGAAUAGUGUAACAAAGAAGACUGCCGCAAAACGACCAGGCUGGCCGAAUCCCAAGGAGAUAAAGGCUUUAACAAAAGCAACUAGUGGUAUGAAACUCCCAAGCCUGCUGACUAUAGAUACGGAGGAACUGUUCUAUAGAAAGCGUUCACAAGCAGCGGCGAAAGGUGCUGAAGAGAAUAUCACCGGCAGUGACAGUCUCGACAGCCAAGGCAUGACCCUUCCCAGCCAAGCUCAGUCCUUGGUGAUCGUCGACAUCACAAGCGAGGCGCCAAAGAGACACCAGAAAGCAGAUUUUAUUGCUAGCGGAGAGUAUCGCUGA